CCGUGGGGAAGGCAGGCGCCGGGGUGAGGGGAGGUGUGCGGAACGUAGGAAUGGGGGAGGAAAGGAAGGGAAGGGAAGGGAAGGGAAUUGCAGUGGGGAAUGUGCGGAAUGUAGGAAUGGGGGAGGAAGGCUAUUUGGAGGACGGAGCGGGGCAGAGGAGAUAAGAAGGCGGUAAGAACACCCCCAAGGUUGCGCCAAGCUUGGCUGAAAUAGGGGCGUGAGGAAGGCAGGCGCCGGGGGAGAUGUGCGGAGUGCAGUGUUGUCACAACGAGAAGUGGGGAGGAGGGGAAAGGAGAGGAGAGGAGAGGAGAGGAGAGGAGAGGAGAGGAGAAGAGAGGAGAGGAGAAGAGAGGAGAGGAAUUGGGGUGGAGCCUGGAAGGGAAAUGGGAUGUGAAGGAAGGAGCUGUGAUUACAAUGAGAGGUGUCUAUCGUUUGCUUUUGAGUCGACUCGAAAGGAGAGGAGAGGAGUUGGGGUGGAAGGGGGACAGGAUGCGCAGGAAGGUGCUGUGAUUCCAAGAGGUGCCAGUUGGUGCGAAACAUGGGAGCCGAUUUUUGAGCCGCCUCAAAAGGCGAGGAGGAGGGGAGAGGAGAGGAGGGAGUUGGGGUGGAAGGGAAAGGGGAUGCGCCGGAAGGAAAUCAUGGGAUCGCAGAAAUGGGGAGCUGUGAUUCCAAUACGAGCUGGCACUUGAUGCGAAUCAUGGGAGCCGAUUUUUGAGCCGAUAAGAGGUGGUAUGUAUUUGGUGCGAAUCAUGGGAGGCGAGGAGUAAGUCGUAUGUGGGGGAGUAGAGGGUAGCAUGUGAGGGAGAAGAGGGAGGACCCUAGUUAAUUGUUGAGGCGCUUAAAAAAUGGGAGGAGCAUGG